GCCUGAGGGCAGGGCAGCCCGCGCACUCUGCAGGAGCUGCAGCCACCGACGCCCGCGCCUCUAAGGUCUCACCGCUUCCUCAGCAGAGACCUGGGCUCGGCCGCCAUGUCCGCCACGGAGGAGGUAGACGGGCUGAGCGUGUUCCGGCCGCACUAUGGCUCCGUCCUGGAUAACGAGAGACUCACUGCGGAGGAGAUGGAUGAAAGGAGACGGCAGAAUGUGGCUUAUGAAUACCUUUGUCACUUGGAAGAAGCCAAGAGGUGGAUGGAAGCAUGCCUGGGGGAAGAUCUGCCUCCCACCACGGAGCUGGAGGAGGGCCUUCGCAACGGGGUCUACCUUGCCAAACUCGGGAACUUCUUCUCUCCCAAAGUGGUGUCCCUGAAGAAGAUCUACGACCGGGAGCAGACCAGAUACAAGGCGACUGGCCUCCACUUCCGGCACACGGAUAAUGUGAUUCAGUGGUUGAAUGCCAUGGACGAGAUUGGCUUGCCUAAGAUUUUUUACCCAGAAACUACAGAUAUCUAUGACCGAAAGAACAUGCCGCGAUGUAUCUAUUGUAUCCAUGCACUCAGUUUGUACCUGUUCAAACUAGGCCUGGCUCCUCAGAUUCAGGACCUGUAUGGAAAGGUUGACUUCACCGAAGAAGAAAUCAACAACAUGAAGAUUGAGCUGGAGAAGUACGGGAUCCAGAUGCCUGCCUUCAGCAAGAUCGGGGGCAUCCUGGCCAACGAGCUCUCCGUGGACGAAGCUGCACUCCAUGCUGCCGUUAUCGCUAUUAACGAAGCUGUGGACCGUAGAGUUCCCGCGGACACCUUUGCAGCUUUGAAAAACCCCAACGCCAUGCUUGUCAACCUUGAAGAGUCCUCGGCUUCCACCUACCAGGACGUCCUCUACCAGGCCAAGCACGACAAGAUGACAAAUGCCAGAAACAGGACAGAAAACUCUGAGAGAGAGAGGGAUGUUUAUGAGGAGCUGCUCACUCAAGCGGAAAUUCAAGGCAACGUAAACAAAGUCAACACGUUUUCUGCGUUAGCAAACUUGAACCUGGCUUUGGAUCAGGGAAGCGCCCUGGCCCUGUUCCGGAUCCUGCAGUCCCCAGCGCUGGGCCUCCGUGGGCUGCAGCAGCAGAACAGUGACUGGUACCUGAAGCAGCUCCUGAGUGACAGGCAGCAGAAGCGACAGAGUGGCCAGGCCGAUGCCCUGCAGAAGGAGGAGCUCCAGGCUGCGGUGGAUGCUGCCAACAGCGCCGCCCAGCAGUACCAGAGAAGGCUGGCAGCCGUGGCGGCCAUCAACACUGCCAUCCAGAAGGGCGUGGCUGAGAAGACUGUUCUGGAACUAAUGAACCCCGAAGCCCAGCUGCCCCAGGUGUAUCCAUUUGCUGCCGAUCUUUAUCAGAAGGAGCUGGCAACGCUGCAGCAGCAGAGUCCUGAACAUAGCCUCACCCACCCCGAGCUGUCCGUGGCGGUGGAGAUGCUGUCGUCCGUGGCCCUCAUCAACAGGGCCCUGGAGUCGGGAGACAUGAACACGGUGUGGAAGCAGCUGAGCAGCUCCGUGACGGGCCUGACCAACAUCGAGGAGGAGAACUGUCAGAGGUAUCUGGAUGAGCUGAUGAAGCUGAAAGACCAGGCACACGCAGAGAAGAACGAGUUUGUUACGUGGAACGACAUCCAGGCUUGCGUGGACCACGUGAAUCUGGUGGUGCAGGAGGAGCACGAGAGGAUUUUAGCCAUCGGCCUAAUUAACGAAGCCCUGGACGAAGGUGAUGCCCAAAAGACCCUGCAGGCCCUGCAGAUUCCUGCAGCCAAACUGGAGGGCGUCCUGGCCGGAGUGGCCCAGCAUUACCAAGACACGCUGAUCCGCGCAAAGAGAGAGAAAGCCCAGGAAACCCAGGAUGAGUCCGCUGUGUUGUGGUUGGAUGAAAUUCAAGGUGGAAUCUGGCAGUCCAACAAAGACACCCAGGAAGCACAGAGGUUUGCCGUAGGAAUCUUUGCCAUUAAUGAGGCCGUGCAGAGCGGCGAUGUCGGUAAAACGCUGAGUGCCCUCCGUUCCCCGGACGUCAGCCUGUACGGAGUCAUCCCUGAAUGUUGCGAAACAUACCAGAGUGACCUCGCAGAAGCCAGGAAGAAAAAACUGGCAGCAGGCGACAACAACAGCAAGUGGGUGAAGCACUGGGUGAAAGGCGGAUAUUAUUAUUACCACAACCUGGACACGCAGGAAGGAGGAUGGGAUGAGCCCCCAGGCUUUGUGCAGAACUCCACGCAGCUCUCGCGGGAGGAGAUCCAGAGUUCCAUCUCCGGGGUGACGACUGCGUAUAACCGAGAGCAGCUCUGGCUGGCCAACGAGGGCUUGAUCACCAAGCUGCAGGCUUGCUGCCGCGGGUACCUCGUCCGACAGGAGUUCCGCUCCAGGUUGAAUUUCCUGAAGAAACAGAUUCCCGCCAUCACCUGCAUCCAGUCGCAGUGGCGAGGAUACAAGCAGAAGAAGGCCUAUCAGGACCGUCUGGCGUACCUGCGCUCCCAUAAAGAUGAAGUCGUGAAGAUCCAGUCCCUGGCGAGGAUGCAUCAGGCGCGAAAGCGCUACAGAGAUCGCCUGCAGUACUUCCGAGACCACAUAAACGACAUUAUCAAAAUCCAGGCUUUUAUUCGGGCAAACAAAGCUCGCGACGACUACAAGACUCUCAUCAAUGCCCAGGACCCGCCGAUGAUCGUGGUCCGGAAGUUUGUCCACCUGCUCGACCAGAGUGACCAGGAUUUCCAGGAGGAGCUGGACCUCAUGAAGAUGCGGGAGGAGGUCAUCACCCUCAUUCGUUCCAACCAGCAGCUGGAGAACGACCUCAACCUCAUGGAUAUAAAAAUCGGACUGCUGGUGAAAAACAAGAUCACGCUGCAGGAUGUGGUUUCCCACAGUAAAAAACUUACCAAAAAAAAUAAGGAACAGUUGUCUGAUAUGAUGAUGCUAAAUAAACAGAAGGGAGGUCUCAAGGCUUUGAGCAAGGAGAAGAGAGAGAAAUUGGAAGCUUAUCAGCACCUGUUUUAUUUAUUGCAGACCAACCCCACCUAUCUGGCCAAGCUGAUUUUUCAGAUGCCCCAGAACAAGUCCACCAAGUUCAUGGACUCGGUGAUCUUUACCCUCUACAACUACGCCUCCAACCAGCGGGAGGAGUACCUGCUGCUGCGGCUCUUUAAGACGGCGCUCCAGGAGGAGAUCAAGUCAAAAGUGGACCAGAUUCAAGAGAUCGUGACGGGAAACCCUACUGUUAUUAAGAUGGUUGUCAGUUUCAACCGUGGCGCUCGGGGUCAGAACGCCCUGCGGCAGAUCUUGGCCCCGGUCGUGAAGGAGAUUAUGGACGACAAAUCCCUCAACAUCAAAACCGACCCCGUGGAUAUCUACAAGUCGUGGGUUAAUCAGAUGGAGUCUCAGACAGGAGAGGCAAGCAAACUCCCCUAUGACGUGACUCCCGAGCAGGCUCUGGCUCACGAAGAAGUCAAGACACGUCUCGACAACUCCAUCAGGAACAUGCGGGCCGUGACAGACAAGUUCCUCUCCGCCAUCAUCAGUUCCGUGGACAAGAUCCCCUACGGGAUGCGCUUCAUCGCCAAAGUGCUGAAGGACUCGCUGCAUGAGAAGUUCCCCGAUGCUGGUGAGGAUGAGCUGCUGAAGAUCAUUGGUAACCUGCUGUACUAUCGAUACAUGAAUCCAGCCAUUGUUGCCCCGGAUGCCUUUGACAUCAUCGACCUGUCGGCCGGAGGCCAGCUCACCACCGACCAGCGCCGCAACCUCGGCUCCAUCGCCAAGAUGCUCCAGCACGCGGCUUCCAACAAGAUGUUCCUGGGAGAUAACGCGCACUUAAGCAUCAUUAACGAGUACCUCUCCCAGUCCUACCAGAAAUUCAGGAGGUUUUUCCAAACUGCCUGCGACGUCCCAGAGCUGCAGGAUAAGUUCAAUGUGGACGAAUACUCUGACCUCGUGACCCUCACCAAGCCCGUGAUCUACAUCUCCAUCGGGGAAAUCAUCAACACCCACACGCUCCUAUUAGAUCACCAGGACGCCAUUGCCCCGGAGCACAAUGACCCGAUCCACGAGCUGCUGGAUGACCUUGGCGAGGUGCCCACCAUCGAGUCCCUGAUAGGAGAAGGCGCUGGCAGUUUAAACGACCCCAAUAAGGAGGCGCUGGCUAAGACGGAAGUGUCUCUCACACUGACCAACAAGUUCGACGUGCCUGGGGACGAGAACGCGGAAAUGGACGCGCGGACCAUCUUACUGAACACAAAGCGUUUAAUUGUGGACGUCAUCCGGUUCCAGCCCGGGGAGACCUUGACUGAAAUCCUGGAGACACCAGCCACCAACGAACAGGAAGCAGAGCAUCAGCGGGCCAUGCAGAGACGCGCGAUCCGUGACGCCAAAACGCCUGACAAGAUGAAAAAGUCCAAAUCCGUCAAGGAAGACAGCAACCUCAGCCUGCAGGAGAAGAAAGACAAGAUCCAGGCGGGCUUGAAGAGGCUCACGGAGCUGGGGACCGUGAACCCAAAGAACCGGUACCAGGAGCUGAUCAACGACAUCGCCAGGGAUAUCCGGAACCAGCGGAGAUACCGGCAGAGGAGGAAGGCCGAGCUGGUGAAACUGCAGCAAACGUACGCUGCUCUGAACUCCAAGGCCACGUUCUACGGAGAGCAGGUGGAUUACUACAAAAGCUACAUCAAAACCUGCCUGGACAACCUGGCCAGCAAGGGCAAGGUCUCCAAGAAGCCGAGGGAAAUGAAAGGAAAGAAAAGCAAAAAGAUUUCUCUGAAAUACACGGCCGCACGAUUACAUGAAAAGGGGGUUCUUCUGGAAAUCGAGGACCUACAAGUGAAUCAGUUUAAAAAUGUUAUCUUUGAAAUCGCUCCAACAGAAGAAGUUGGAGACUUUGAAGUGAAAGCCAAGUUCAUGGGAGUUCAGAUGGAGACGUUCAUGUUACAUUACCAGGACCUGCUGCAGCUACAAUAUGAAGGCGUUGCCGUCAUGAAGCUGUUUGACAGGGCCAAAGUGAACGUCAACCUGCUGAUCUUCCUGCUCAACAAGAAGUUCUACGGGAAGUAACGGGCCCUGUGCUGCCAGCCCCGGAGCAGGGAGGAAGGAAGCCAAGGGCCAGCCCACAGCACGCCUGCGCCCGACACACUCCCGGGGCCACCUCCUGCCUCCCGCUCUGGCUGGACACGGCAGCCCUGGUUGUCAUAGUGAAAUUUCAGGCUUAGUCUGACCCUCCUUGUUCCUUCAUUUCCUUCUGUCGCUCACGAAAGAUUUGGGAACUUUGCUUAAAAUCUGUGUGGUUUCGGCCUUAGAGGUUGCAUGGCUCGAUGGUAAGCUUUGGUGUUUGUCUCAUUCAGCAAUGUUAAUGGUGGGAUUUGGAAUCUUGUGAUUUAAAGGGAGAGCUUCGUAGCCUCAAUGACAUACACACAUAUAAGACACAGUGAAAAGGCCAGGCUACGUGUCCUAUGAGGUUGUCCUAUACAAGCGACGUUCCUUUAUGUUUUUGUCCCGUCGGUGAAAUUGAAGGACACGGGAGGUUGUUGGUCUCCUCCAUUCUGUUUCCCAUGAUGGGCUGGAAACCAUUAAUAGGAGUCACUGUCUGUGUUCAAAGCAAGCAUUUCCAGAAAAGGGAGAUUAAAAAAAAAAAAAAAAAGGAAAGGGAAGGGAGAUCAUGCUUUUAAGUUUCGCCAUUAAAAUAAAUUUUGACAGUUCUGUUAGUGUAACUCUCUUGUCAGUGGAUGGGAGAGUCCCACUGAGAAAGUGCAGCUAUUUAGGUAAAUUUAGGAUGUUCUGGGCGUCCCUCCUGGGUGAGGCGCCUGCUCGUUUGUUGCAGAUUUGAUGAGAUUCGGGAUGACCGUCCCCCUCCGUGCCUAUGGCAGAUGAAGGGGUUAGCCCGCAUAGGAUGUAAUUUUUUUCAAGACCGUUUUAUAUCUUCAGAGUACCUUAUUAAAGUGUAGAUUUAUUUCUUAAAAUGUGGGUGACAGGAAUUUUAAAGUUUUAUAUAAUGCUUCCAAGUCUUUAGAAUACUGUGUUUGUUUUUUAAUUGGCUUAUCUGUAUAUCUGAACUCGUAAAGCUUUCUUAGAGCUAAAACACUAGGAUUUUUUUACCUGCAGGAUCGCAGAGAGAUCACCCUAUUUUAAAUAGACUGAAAAUAAUAAUAAUAAAAAGCCAGCCAGCAAUGUCACACUUGAUAUUCCAAUCUCCUUUUUCCCACUUCUUUCUCUUUCCUCUUGCUACCCACACUGCUUUUAUUUUCUGAACUCUGGUUUUCUGGAUUUAGUAAAAAUUCAAUUCUGAACAUUGAAUUUUUAGGAAGUUUUUAUUAGAUAAAAAGCUAUAUACUUUUUUUAAAGAAAAUUUGUUUAUCCAGGAAAAUAUAUUAAAUCAUGCUACUGAGCCUCCAUUUUCGCUGAUGUUUUGGUUCAGUCUUCUUUCAUCAUGGCAUAAACCUUGAUAAAAUAAACUAACAUUUAAAAUUUUAACCCAUGUAUAUUUAAAACUAAUAAACUUUUGUUAAUAACGA